GGCAGGCUGAGGCGGCAUGGAGCUUUUGUAAACAUCUCACCUUUCCACACCUGAGUUAGGCGGCACAUGUGAACCAGAAAAUGAAGAAUGCAGGGAAGGUGACGGAGAAAAGCGAUGCGUGGAAGGCAUCCAAUAAUAAGCGAGUAGGUGUCAAUAAGAAAAGGAAAUGGAUCCCCGAGCACAAAGUGUUUGAUGGCAGUGUUAAAGAAGGUCAGGGAUUUGCAUACAAGAGAAAGCAGAAGGUCCAAUAUGAGUACAACAAACUGCUGCGGAAGGAGAGAAAGAAGAUGCCUCAGUCCAACACGCUGUAUAAGGAGGACUACCCAGAGCACCUCAAACAUCUGUACUUGGCUGAGGCCGAGAAGCUGAAAAACGAGACUCGGAUGAAUAAACAGAAGCGAAAUAAAUGUAGAAUGGAGGCGAAGUCAAAAUUCGUAUCUGCAAGUGAUGGCACCACAGACCAGUCUUCUGCACCAUCGGUUGCUGCUGUAACUGAGCAGUCUGACACUGUGAAGCCUGAACUAACAGUCCCCGAAGUAACAGAAAACCUCCCCAUGAGCAACCGCAUGAAGAAAAAACUGAUGAGGAAGACAUCCUACCAGAAGACAAGAGAAGAAUUUGAGAAGGUCAAAGAAAACCGCAGAAGGAAGAAAGAGGAAUACCAGAAGAACAAGCAGCAGAGAGAGGAGGCCAUUCAGAAGUACAAACAGAAAAAGAAGGAGACGUUCCAAAUUUUGAGUAAAAAGACCAAGAAAGGACAGCCCAACCUGAACCUCCGGAUGGAGUGCCUACUUCAGAAAAUCCAAGGAGCUGGAAAAUGAUCGCAAAGUAAGCCUGAUGUUGGACAAUUAAUAGAAAAAGAGAGGCACUUGCCCUCAUUUGGGCAGCGUCAGUUACACAAUUGUUUAAUGGUAACUGCUGAACUAGACCGCUGAAAAGGACUAAAUUGUCAUUUGUUAAUUUUUUUUUUUUGGUUUACUUUGUUGUGUCCCACUAAACCUUGUCCAAAUAGGGUUAGUAUUGAAAGACAACAUGGAAACUUGGUUUACAUUGUGUAACAGUCAUUAUAAGGCAUAAUCUGCAAAGCUGAUGUGGUUUACUCAGUUAGUCUCAUCUACUAUUAGGGAUGGGUAAUGAAACCCGGUAUUAAAUGGGCACUGGUGCUAAAUUAUUAAAGGCCGUAGUAUUGAUAAACUCCGUCAUUAAUGGUUCUGCUAUCGGUAUUGGAGAAAUUAAGAAAAUAAACUUCCUAUUUAUUUAGGCUACAUAAAUGUUAUCUUGCACCUUUUAUCUCACCAACUCCGUUUCUAAUUUGCAAUAAGAUUAAGACAUUUGUCUGUGAUGCAUUUUUGCUAUUCCCAAUCCAGAAGAGAGAUCUCGCUCUCGGAGCCUGUCGUAUGUGCGAACCGAGGGGCGGGGCCAGCUCUCUGCCUCUCUCAGACGCACACACACACAGAGCCUGUCCUUAGUGACAAUGGCAGAGAGAGAAUGAAACGAUCAAAAGUCUGGUUAUACGUCACUGGAGUCGAUGCUGACGACGCUUGUUGCCACAAGUGCAACAAGUCUUUUGCAUUUAAGGGCAGAGACACAAGCAAUAUUUCAAAAAAAUCUAGCGAAAUUGCAUCAAAUACAGGCAGGGGAAGGGGGAAUACACAGUUUUCGACUGCCUAGCUGGUGAUUCAUCUGUCGUUGCCCCAUCCACCUCAGGUAUGUUAUGUAUGCUAAGCAGCCUAGAGCCUACACGGAGUUAACUAAAUUAUACAAACAUGGAUUGAUGAUUAAUGUGGACAGCACGGUGGCGCAGUGAUUACCACAGUCGCCUCACAGCAAGAAGGUCCUAGGUUCGAGCCCCGGGGUAGUCCAACCUUGGGGGUCGUUCUCUGUGUGGAGUUUGCAUGUUCUCCCCAUGUCUGUGUGGGUUUCCUCCAGGUGCUCCGGUUUCCUCCCACAGUCCAAAGACAUGUAGGUCAGGUGAAUCGGCCGUACUAAACUUGUCCCUAGGUGUGUGUGUGUGUGUGUGUGUGUGUGUGUGUGUGUGUGUGUGUGUGUGUGUGUGUGUGUGUGUGUGUGUGUGUGUGUGUGUGUGUGUGUGUGUUCAGCCCUGUGAUGGCCUGGUGCCUGUCCAGGGUGUCUCCCGCCUGCCACCCGGUGACUGCUGGGAUCGGCUCCAGCAUCCCCGUGACCCUGAGAGCAGGAUAAGCGGUUUGGAUAAUGGAUGGAUGGAUGGAUGGAUGGAUGGAUGGAUGGAUGGGUUAAUGAUUAAGAGUAACGCUCUGUCCUGACAUGAGAAAAUAAAGCAAUGUUAAUUCUAUUCUUAAUUUUUCUUUUUUUUUUUCUUAAAAAAAUAACAAAAAGAACCAAUAAGAGUAUCAUUAAAAGUACCAGAUCGAUAAGCGGUAUUGGUAGGAGUAGCAGUAAUCUUAAUGAUACCCAUCCCUGUCUACUAUUAACCGCGGUGGACGUUCUUGUCAGAUUCCAGAAUAAGUCAUGAACUGCUGCUUUUUAACUGCAAAGUAUUUGUAAUUUGUAUUAAACACAGACCAUCACUACAGAAAGCACUUACUCAACAGAGGAUGUGAGUGUCUGUCUGGCUAAAAACAAGUGGGUUAUUCGCUAAAUAUUACUCCCAUGGGCUUGUAUCACACACAAUUUAUGUGUUUGGGAUUCAUUGAAAUAACUGAAUAAUGCUGGUGAAAACGAAAUUACCACAAACCCUCCAGCAAUACUUAACCGUUUUAGACAAGGCUUUAGGUCACUGUGAGACUUAAUUUGAUUCGCCUGUUAUCCCCCAUCUGUUACUUAAUGAUUUAUUUGACGUUUCCCCUUUAUUUUACACCACAAGAUGGCACCAUAACCCCAGGAGAUAAAACUUUUGUACAGGGGCGAUGGAUGGCAUUGGUUGCCUAUCAGUUUUAGAACUGAUUUUAAGAUUUUAUUACUAGUUUUUUAAAUCACUGGCUACCCUGGCACCAGUCCGUCUCUCAGACUUGCGGUUUAGAUAUGUACCCAGCGGGUACCUCAGAUCCUCUGCAGCUGGCCUCCUUGUCGUCCCAAGGAUCGCAACAAAACAUGUAUGGGGGAGACGGCUUUUAACCACUGUCGCCCUAGUCUCUGGAACAGUCUGCCUGAGGACCUGAGGGGGUCCACCUCUGUGGACAUUUUUAAAGGAAAACUCAAGACGAUGUCUUUUUAGCCUGGCUUUUACUUAAGGUGCCUUGUCAUUUGAAUCAGUUCAUCUGGACACAACGUUUAUUGACAGAUACGUUUCAUCACUCGGCUAAGUGACCUCUUCAGUCUCAGCUGACUGCAGGUGUCCUCACCCUUAUAAACAAUACAGUGGCAUAACGACCGAAACCAACCAUCGGUUUCAUAUGCAAAUUGCUGUGACCAUUAACUAGAGUUUCAAUGGCCAUGAGUACUAUUCACACAGGAUUUGGGAAUAGUUGCAAUCACAGCAUUGUAAGAUGGUGACUCCCCCCCCCCCCUCCCAGUUCAGGGACGGUCAUUCCCUCUUCACAUAGGUGGCCCAGUUCAAACCAGCGUUCCUCCCUAUCAAGGGUGUGAUAAUCAAGGAUGCAUCAAAUGAAAAGGAUGGGCACAUUGCACAUCCUCAUCAAGGAUGUUCCCAUCCCUGUCAUUUGAUUUUUUAUUAACCUGUUGUUGCUUACUUUUUUAAUUUGUUGUUGGCUUUUUUUGUGCAUUUACUCCCCUCUGUUCGCUUACGUUUCUGUUGCAUUGUUUUUGAUCACGUGCAGCACAUUGGGCUAAAGCCACUAUAUGAAAUGUGCUGUAUAAAUAAAGACUGAUUGAUUGAUGCUAGUCUUGCUGCAUUGUCUCACUUUUUCUUAUUUUGAUCUAGAAAUGUAUGAACAUCAAUUU